GCAGGGCAACGUCAAACAUGAGUUGAAAAAUUCAGGAUGAUUUGGCCAUUAUAGACUAACAUUCUGUGGUAUCCUAUGCCUGGGACAUUAGUUGUUUUUUCUCUUUUUGCUGUGCAAUCCGAUCGGGUAUCAUUCAGGGAAGAAUAUAAUGUCUAGAAUAUUGCACAGUCAUGGUGAAGCGCUAGAACCGGAUAGCCAUGCCGCGGGUAAAGAAGACUGGGAAUUUUCACUCUGACCAAAUUCAUGCUGUUUUUUGAAAAGGACUGAGUCGCUUCUUUAAUGCUGCUUCCGAUGUAACCUACUGUUGGCAGGAAGAACUGCGUGGCUGAAAAAAUACUGACACGUGGAUUUAUCGUCAAACUCAAGGCGAUUCGUCUCUAAUCACCCGUGCACUUUUUAUCACACGGCAGUAACAUUAUGGAUUGGCCUACACGGUAAUCAAAAGGAAAUGAUACAUCUGUAUCAUCGCGAACAUCGAACAAGCGUUUAUUUUUGUCGACUUUCUUCACUCAUUCCAUAGCCUACUGCGCUGAAUUGUAAAGUGCAGGAGACAGCAAAUCAAAUUGUAUACCUCUUUCGUUGAAUGGCAAUUCUGCAAAAACAUGGAAAGAACUCUAGUCCAGAUUUGGUCUGCCUCAAAGAAAAAACCACAGACAAAACCGGGGUCGCUGGAGGUCAUCAGAAGAAGUGGAGUGAACCGAAUACGUAUUGGCCAAGACCCCUGGCGCGGGUAUGGACGGUGGUGCUACUGCUGGGGACCUGUCUGCUGUACUGUGCCCGCGUGGCCAUGCCCAUCUGUGCCGUUAGCAUGGCGGAGAAGUUCAACUGGACCAAGAGGGAUCAGGGCAUGGUGCUGGGUAGCUUCUUCUGGGGUUACUGCUUCACACAGGUCCUCGGAGGCUACGUCAGCGACAGGGUUGGAGGUGAGAAGGUGCUCCUCCUCUCUGCGGCGGCCUGGGGGGCGAUGACAGCCUUCACGCCCAUCCUGGCCCACUUCUGCUCUCAGCCCAUCUUCUCCAUGACGCUGGCCCGCUUCCUUAUGGGGCUGCUGCAAGGUGUCCACUACCCGUCUCUGGCCAGCCUGUGUUCUCAGAAGGUGGUGGAGAGUGAGAGAGGAUUCCUCAUGAGCACUGUGGGCAGUGGCUCCUACCUGGGAACACUGGUGAUUGGUGGGGCUGGUUCCCUCAUGCUGGACCUGUAUGGUUGGGAGAGCGUGUUCUAUGUGUCAGGCGUGCUCUCUGUCCUCUGGGCGUACUGCAUGUGGAAAUACCUGCUCAAAGGGGAAGGUCCUAUCAUCACAUUGGAGUCACUGGGUAGUGGAGGGCCCCAGUCCAAACUGUCCAGGAGACACUGGCUGCGCCUCUUCAAACAACCUGCUGUCUGUGCUGUGAUUAUUACGCACCUUUGCACGGCAAGCACCUUCUUCACAUUGUUAUCAUGGCUACCAACGUACUUCAAGGACACCUUCCCUGACGCCAAGGGUUGGGUGUUUAACGUUAUCCCAUGGUUUGUGUCCAUCCCCUCUUCACUCUUCAGUGGCUGUCUCUCCGACCACCUCAUCAGCAAAGGUUAUGACACAGCUGCUGUGAGGAAGCUUAUGCAGUUCUUCUCCAUGGGUGUGUCCAGUGUGUUUACCCUCCUACUGUGUGGCACGACCACCUUCCCCUUUGCUGUGGCCUUUGUCUCUGUCACAAUGGGUCUCACCACCUUCAGCCACAGUGGUGUGUCUGUGAACGUUCAGGACCUGGCUCCGUCCUGUGCUGGGGCUCUGUUUGGUGUUAUGAAUACCUGUGGAGCUUUUUCAGGUGUGCUGAUGGUUUAUUUCUCGGGGUAUCUGAUCGAGGCUACAGGGUCGUGGGCAUCUGUCUUUGCCCUCAUCACUGUGGUGAACCUGGUGGGCCUGGUCACCUUCCUGGCCUUCGCUGAGGCUCGCCGGGUCGACAUCGACUCUUCCAAGGGCCGCUACCACAACAUCCACAUCUAAGUUCAUAUGUUGGGAUUUGGGAACCACAGCUUGCUACCACAACAUCCACCUAUGAAACUGAGGGGCCAAAAUGGGACCAGGUUCAGCACUAUCCACAUCUGAGUCCCUAAAAUAGGACCAGAAACCACAUCUGUCUACCACAGAAUGCACACCGGAGUCUUAACUAUGGGAUGAGAAGAGAGAGAACCUUGGCCUGUUAAACGUUUCAAAACAUCCACAUCAGAAUUUUAAGAAGUGAUAACAGAAGUGAAUGAGUCAGCCCCAGAGCUGUUUGAAAGGCAGCAUGUCAGGUCAUCGUGCUACAACAUAUUAUUUAUAUUGUUUAAAUAAUCUUUCUAGUCAAGUGUUUGAAUGUUUGAUCGUCAGCCAUCGUUGGGCUGGGAUUGUGGAGUAGUAGUCAUGGAAACACAAGGAGAAUGACAGAUGUUUGAGUUGGUUUAGUCAGUUUGACAGUAGUAGACGGAGCAGGAUGUGUGUUUGUGGUUGAGGAGAGAGGCGUUGCUCUGGUGAGAGUAUGGGGAAUGUAGACUGAACAAGAAAGGGUUGUUUGGGGAGAGGGGGGGGGGACUAUUAGGUGAGACUCAGUCCCUCCUUCCAGCCUCAGACAUGACAGUGAGUGACAUCUAAUUAGAAGGGGACUAAUCACCCAUAAACCCACUCUGAUGUUCUAUACAAUUGAUCUGCCAUCGUCUUCAUAUCCAUGGUUACAUGCUCAUCAUCUUGUCAGUGUGCCUCACUGCAUUAUGUUUCAUCUCAAGCUUUUACAGAGAGACUGUAGCCUCAACAUACACUUAGCUCGAAGGAUUUGUUUUGUAUUAAAUUAAGAAGACGUAAGGUUAUUAUUCUUAUUUUUAUGAACAUAAUUGCAUGACAUGUUCAAAUACGGAUACCUCAAUCAUAUAGAUUUUUUAAAUUUCUUUAAUUUAUAUUAUGACUUACAGUAUAUACAAAUUAUGUUGUCAAUCCAGAAUGUAUGGAGAAAGAGACUCAGUUGAGAUUUUGUUAUAUUUGCUGUGAGUUUGGGCACUUAAAGGAGACUUGGUUGUUGCAGUUCCCCACAGCUGAUGAGGCAACCAACUGUCAUGUAGUAGACGGUUCCCUGUUUGUUAUGGUUACUUCAUAGUCUGGGCAGGAUGUGACGUCAUUGGUGAGGAAAUCCAUCUGACAAGAAGUGAAUGUAUUACGGUGUAUAGCUUUAUCAGCCACAGUGGGAUACUGACACAGUCGGCUUCUAGUAGCUUCUCCGUCUGAAUCAAAAUACAGUUGAAGUCGGAAGUCUACAUACACCUGAGCCAAAUACAUUAAAACUCAGUUUUUCACAAUUCCUGACAUUUAAUCCGAGUAAAAAUGUCCCUUCUUAGGUCAGUUAGGAUCACCACUUUAUUUUAAGAAUGUGAAAUGUCAGAAUAAUAGUAGAGCGAAGGAUUUGUUCUGGGAUUGAUUUGCACUUUUCACUCCAAAGUACGUUCAUCUGUAGGAGACAGAAUGCGUCUACUUCCUGAGCGUGGUCCCAUGGUGUUUAUACUUGUGUACUAUUGUUUGUACAGAUGAAUGUGGUACCUUCAGGCGUUUGGAAAUUGCUUCCAAGGAUGAAACAGACUUGUGGAGGUCUACAAUUUAUAUUCUGAGGUCUUGGCUUAUUUCUUUUGAUUUUCCGAUGAUGUCAAGCAAAGAGGCACUGAGUUUGAAUGUAGGUCUUGAAAUACACCCACAGGUACACCUCCAAUUGACUCAAAUGAUGUCAAUUAGCCUAUCAGAAGCUUCUAAAGCCAUGACAUUUUCUGGAAUUUUCCAAGCUGUUUAAAGGCACAGUCAACUUAGUGUAUGUAAACCUUUGACCCACUGGAAUUGUGAUACAGUGGAUAAGUGAAAUAAUCUGUCUGUAAACAAUUGUUGGAAAAAGGACUUGUGUCAUUCACAAAGUAGAUGUCCUAACCGACUUGCCAAAACUAUAGUUUGUUAACAAGACAUUUGUGGAGUGGUUGAAAAACGAGUUUUAAUGACUCCAUCCUAAGUGUAUGUAAACUUCCGACUUCAACUGUAUUUAUGAUUCAAGAUGGUGGAAUUUGUGGUUAGUACAUGGGGACCAUCUUUAUUCACCUUCACAUUUGUUUCAAAGUCACUAUUUAUCAGUUGUUGUAAUGUAAGUGAAGACAAUUAUUUCACUGAUAUUGUUUCAUGUCACCAAAUGCUUUACAAAUUGCUGAUCAUUCGCUGAAUAAGAAAGAGUCUUAAGUUCAUCUACUCUUUUCUUACCCUAUCCAGUAUAAUCAUUUGAAUCAUCUGUCUUCUUAUUAUUCUAGUUGAUUACGAGUGCGCACAUAGGCUCUUAAGCUAAACCCAUAGAACCUUGUCUGAAGGCAGAAUGUCUUUAAAAAGUCAUGUGUACAACGCCUGGAUGAUGUUGGCAUUGACCUCACUUGUAUUGUGGGAUUUGUAGUUUGGGGUAUACUUGGAGAACCAAUCAGUAAAGUCCACUGAUGCUAGAAUAAAGGCUCAUGGGCAGCUGAAUUCUGGGAAACUACGGCCUUGCUUACGGUCCGGACACGAUAAGGUCAAACAGGAUGGCGUCGAAUCAGAGUUCUGUUUUUGAACUUUUGAUAGAAAUGUUCUUGUUACUGAAAGCAUAAUCAGUGUUUACUUGUAGAUGCAUAUAUGAAGUAAACUCACAUAUAUAACUGCUUUAUACCUUAGGGCUUAGCAUACAAGAGGUAACGCACAUAUUAGUGACAGGUUACUGUACAAAAGCGCUGCCAUUCUUUCUCUGACCAAUUUGUGGUCUGUAUGUUUACUUUUUUGUAAACUAAAUACCCAACAUUUUAGAGUACAUAAGCUGGCUGAGAACUUUAUUCUAAAGCUCUUCAUUUAACUUGCCUUAGCUGAUGAUUGUUUUGAAAUGCCUUCAUUGCUUGUCUGAUUUUUGUAAAAAAUCAGCGUUGAUGUCCAUCCAGGAGGAAUUCAGUAAAAUCAGUGAGUGAAUUGAAAUUCUAAUAGAAAAAUGGAAUCUCAAUCAGGAUUUUUUUAUUUUCUUGAAAUGGAUUUUAGAUAGUGAAUUGAUCCCAACCCACUCUCAUAUGCCGUCCUUUGUUUUGCUUCUGUGUCAUUUUCUAAAACACAGUAACACAACGCAGCUGUGUAGUUCUGCCCAGAGACUUAGAACCAUAGAUUUCGGACUUUAUGCUUCCGCCCACCAUGUCACCAAGCUGUAUGGCUUCCUGCUAAAGCGUACUAACGAUUAUUUUUGAUAAGAUAAUGUGAGAUAUGUAUUUUAAUUAUAUAUAAAAUAAAAGAUUGCAACAUGUUUAUGCAAAAGAAAUGCAGUAUUCUAUUGCUUCAAAAAUCUGUUGUAUUUGUAAUCUUAUUUUAUUGAACUUGAAAUAAAUAACUAUUUUGCCAUCUGUA